AUGCCCCAUUUUGCAACAACAGCAACUGAGGUGUUGCAGCGAGAGAGCAGCCAUCAGUGUGCCGAAAAGGUCGUUACUGCAACCCUGGAGCUUGUACAUUCUCAUUUUGCCGUAGUGCUUUUUUUCAGAAUGAGAUUAGGUACAGUGUUGAAUAAUGCAAUAGAAUUUGGUACAAUUGGAGUUAGAGGGGCAGAACCUUCUCGAAAUAAUCUCAGAUGUCUCGUGCCUCGGGGCUGUAUAUCAGUCACGCCCGUCGCCCUCGCCGCGCCGCACCCGCCUCUGCCGCCGCUGCCGCCUCCGCCGCCGCUGCCGCCUCCGCCGCCGCUGCCGCCUCCGCCGCUGCUCCCGCCUCUGCCGCCGCUGCCGCCUCCGCCGCUGCCUCCGGGGACUCUCGACCGCAGGAGCACCAGCACUCCACGCCAGCACGAACAUGGCGAUGAAAAGAAGAGGAAGACUUGCAGAGCCACAGAUACUGAAGAGAGAGCAAAUCAAGAAACCCCCACUGACAAUAGCAGAUUACAAGACUUCGUCUACAGAAGGAGUUUGGUUUUGCCGGAAGUCAGUACAGAUACCUUAAAUAUGCCACUUCAGGAGAUCAGCCACUUUAUGCUGGGAUAG